UAUAAUCGCUACCGCUUUUCUUCUUGCUGGUUAAGUGCAUGCAGGUAAUCCGUCUCUGCUCCCGUUUUGCAUCACAUAGGACGAAUUACCCGUGGAAAAUCAUGCUAGUCACAUGAUACUGACAAACACAAUCAAUCUUCAUGUUUUCAGCACGUCCUCAGCGGCGUCUCUUGCAACUGGGAAAGCAAUCAUUACGCCGAUAUUUUGCAAACGGUGCGACUGCAACUGCACCCGAAACUAUUACUGGAGCGCAUGAGUUGAUAUUUCCUGACUCACAAAAUGCAGAGCAUCAUGAUCUGCCCAGUUUUCUGGAAUAUGCAUCACGCAACAACAUGGACACAGGCAGUACUACAUAUGUCGGAACUCAUUAUGAAUAUAUGGCCAAAAAUGCACUGGAGCGGUUAGGCAUGUCUCUCAAGCAGGUUGGCGGAAGAUCAGAUUGUGGAAUCGACCUACUUGGAACAUGGCCAUUACCCACAGCUCCCCAACCUUUAAAAGUCCUCAUACAGUGCAAAGCAUUUGCAGCCAAAAUAAAGCCAGCUCAAGCUCGAGAACUAGAAGGGACUUUCGUGGGUGCUCCGCAAGGAUGGAGAACAUCAAGUGUAUUGGCAUUUUUAGUCUCGCAGCAAGCAGCUACCAAAGGUGUGAGAGAAGCUUUAGGCAGGAGUCAGUGGCCGAUGGGUUAUGUACUGUGCGGCGCGGAUGGAAAGAUUAUGCAGAUGUUGUGGAACCGAAAAGCAGCUGAUGAAGGUUUGGGUGGCUUAGAAGUUGAGAUGCAGUACACUGGGGUUGAUCAGAAUGAAAGGGAAGUCAUUUUGACACACAAGGGAAAGGCUAUCAAAAAUUGAAACGUUGUAUAGUGCGACAAAAGUUUCGCCCACGCUGCAAACAAGAGACAAUAGGCGGAUCGCUUGCUUGCAAAUUUCGGGAGGGUGAGCAAUCGCUUCAGCAGGCUGCUUGCUAUCUUUGUUCCACGGAUGACAAUAUUUGUGCUGAGACCACAUCCUUUGGGAGGGACUUUAAUGUAUCUUCAUCUCUUCUUCUCCAGAAGAUCCAUUGCGCCAUACUAACAACGAUACAUCAGCUACCACGACUGACAAUAACCACAAAUCUGCCUCUUUAAUCACCGCAAGUCACGUCCCAAGCAAUCACAAUGUGUUAUCAAGUCAUCCGAUUAUUUGAAUGUGGUCACCACAGCCCUUCGAUAGACGUUCCAUGCAAUCAGCCUUCUAAAAACUGCGGUGGUGUCUUCCUGAGACAGGAGAUUGAAGAUACGAAAGGACUAUGCGAGGUGAAUAGUAUUCGAUUUUUUGCCCUACCAUGAUCUAACAUGAUACUAGCGGUGUCAAGAGGCUACGGAGAUGAGAAAAACAGUGGCGGAGCCGGAAGAUGAGGGAUAUUGGUCGUGACU